UUUAUUUUUGGUGCUGUUUGUACCGUUGAUCGUGGCCAUUUUUGGCGUUAGCGAAAGGUGCAAGCUGUAAAGAAAAAAAGCCUGUGACUAACUUCGAGUAUCAUCGAUCGCAGAUAUGAAGCAGCACCGUGAGGGCCAGAAACCCCAAACGGUGGUGCUGAAGCUGGGCACCAGUUCCAUUGUUGACGAGAAGACUCAUCAGCCCCUGCUAUCCAUUCUUAGUCUUAUUGUCGAGACGGCGGUGAAGUUGAGAAAAGAUGGUCAUAAAGUGGUCAUCGUCUCGUCCGGCGCCAUUGGCGUUGGUCUUCUCCGGAUGGAAAUGGGCAGGCGGCCGAAACACCUGUCGACGUUGCAGGCUUUAGCAGCCAUCGGCCAGUGCAGACUCAUCAGUUUGUGGGACGACUUGUUCAGCCACUUUAGACAGCCUGUCGCCCAGAUCCUCCUCACGCGGAACGACAUAGCGGAUCGGACCCGAUAUCUCAAUGCUCAAAACACAUUCAACGAGCUUCUCGACAUGGGUGUCAUUCCAAUCGUCAACGAGAACGACACCCUGGCGGUGUCGGAAAUCAAGUUCGGCGACAACGACACGCUCUCUGCCAUCGCCGCCGGCAUGGUCCACGCUGACAUGCUUUUCCUCAUGACCGACGUGGAUUGUCUCUACGACAAGAACCCCAGAACACACCCCGACGCCCAGGCCAUUGAAGUGGUUGAAGAUAUUUCCAGCAUCCAAGCGGACGUAUCAACCGCCGGGUCCUCCCUCGGCACCGGCGGCAUGAUGACCAAGAUCGUGGCUGCAAGGCUAGCGACAUCCGUAGGCGUGACCACUGUGAUCACCCGCUCCUCCAACCCGGGCAACAUCGUCAAGAUCGUGCGCUACAUCCAGGCGCAGCAAAAAUCCUCCCCGCACCUGGACGCCACUGCCGGAGACCACGACACUGACCACGACCACGACCACAGCGAAGAUCCCCUGUCCCAGUCCACCGCCUCCCUGCGCCUCGACCAGGCCGUCGAGAAGCCCCCGUUGCACACCCGCUUCCUCCCCUCCGCGGAGCCGAUCCGCGACCGCCACUUCUGGCUCAUACACGGCCUCAAGCCCCACGGCACGCUGUACAUCGACGCCGGCGCCCACAGCGCCCUGCUCCGCAAGGCCGGCCUGCUCCCGGCCGGCGUGAUCGACGUCGAGGGCAACUUUGCGCAGCAAGAGGCCGUCCGCCUCGUCGUCGUGGACCGCCUGCACGGCCCGAGCGCGGGCCAGAGCGGUAAGUCGUGGAGCGGGACGCCGGUCGAGGUCGGCCGCGCGCUGGUCAACUACGCCGCGCCCGAGAUCAUGCGCAUCAAGGGCCACCAGAGCUCGGACAUCGGGGGCCUGCUGGGGUACGCCGACAGCGAGUACGUGGCGGAGAGGCAGCACAUCCGCAUCUUCAGCCGUGAGAGCCGGCCAGUGACGCCGAGCAUCGAGAAGGCCAAGGAGCAGAUUGUUGAGGAGGUGAUUUCUGGCAUCACCGGGUAUGAGCAGAAGACGUAAAAGGCCAGGGGGGACAACGAUGGCCGGGGUAGGGGCAAGUCUGCAUGUGUGAUGAAUCAACAAGCAAUAUCUCCAGAAUUACGAGGCGCAUUCCAUAAAGGGAUACUAGGUGCCGGCUUUAGACCUGACGGCUUUGCCAAAGACUAUACAAGGGCUCUCUCUCACACAAGGGUCCUGCUACAGAAUCAUACAUUGUCACUUGCGCCUCAUUCGUUCUGUACUCUUAAAAACUCUGCAUAUAUCCUUCAGGCGAUUGCAUUUUACUAGUCGGGGGGGAGGCAGCGCAAGG